ACAAAUUUUUGUAAUUUGCUCUCUAUGGCGUUUUUAAACAAAAAUUUUUACUUUAAUCGAUUUAGGAAUUGUGACAUUUGGUAAUGUUUUGAUUUUUAAGACAUCACACAUGAUGACGUAUGUCUAAUAAAAAAUCAUUAAAAAUGACAAUUCUGAAAAAGUAGGGCUAGAAUAAUUAAUACAUGAAAUCUACAGGAUCUGUUGACAUAAUUUAGUUACUUCUGCUGCCAACAUAGAUACAAUCCACACACUAGAGGUUAGUAAACCUCAUAAAACAAUUAUCCCCCAAAUAGACGUCAAAACAUGCAAUUUAUUAAAUAACUCGACCUCAAACAGGAACAAACAACAAAAUUAAUGAUUUUUCUCCAAUAAACCUUCGUUUUAACGGUUCACAAACCGAGUCAAAGUCAAGUUUUAUGCAAAUAGAAACCGGUAUCACACUGCACGCCCUCAAGGUGAAAUUUAUUUGAAUCCGACUCUGUCCCCUCCAGGUGUCUUAAUUUAAAUUUGGCGCGCCAUUGUUGUGUCUACGCAUGCGUAGCUCACUUGACCGGAUUGACAUUGAGCGUUCAAAAUUCAAGAAAACGCAAAGAUUAAAUAAAACUUCAAGAUUAGAACGUCUCGAGACAAGUACGUGAGUAACAAAAGUCAUGAGUCUCUCUUCGAUUCUGGUCCCCACGACGCCCUUCGAGGGCCAAAAGCCUGGCACGAGUGGUCUUCGGAAGAAAGUGAAAGUUUUCAUGGAGAAGAAUUACACGGAGAAUUUUGUUCAGUGUAUUUUGAAUGCUUUGGGGGCUAAAGUCAAAGGGGCGACGUUGGUUGUUGGGGGCGACGGCCGGUAUUUCUCCAAACAGGCUGUCAAUAUAAUUAUCCGGAUUGCGGCAGCUAAUGGGGUGGCUAAACUGAUAAUUGGGGAACGGGGAAUUUUAUCAACUCCAGCCGUUUCGACUCUCAUCCGUACUCACAAAGUCCUAGGUGGGAUUGUCUUAACCGCUUCACAUAAUCCAGGAGGUAUCAGACACGAUUUUGGUAUUAAAUUUAAUAUCGAAAAUGGGGGCCCCGCACCUGAUUCACUCACGGAUGCCGUGUACGAACUAACAAAGACGAUAACCCAGUAUAAGUUUACACCCGAUUUAGAUUGCGAGUUUGAUAAAAAGGGGGUGCAAACGUUUAAUGUUGAUGGAAGCGAGUUUGUUGUGGAAGUUGUGGAUUCCUCAGAGGAUUAUGUGGCACUAAUGAAGGAAAUUUUCGAUUUUGGGAAGUUAAAGGAGUUGAUUAGGGGUGAUGGGAAGCGGCCCCCGUUCCAGGUCCUAAUUGAUUCAAUGAAUGGGGUAACCGGAGUUUAUGUCACCCGGAUUUUCGUCGAAGAAUUGGGGGCUAGCCCUGAUAACAACGUUCGAAGAAUCAUCCCCUUGGACAAUUUUGGGGAAAUCCAUCCAGACCCCAAUCUCACGUAUGCCAAGGAUUUGGUUGAUCGAGUCAAAGAGGACACUACGUAUGACUUUGGGGCUGCUUUUGACGGCGAUGGGGACCGUAACAUGAUAAUUGGGAAGAACGCUUUUUUUGUCACUCCCAGUGACAGUUUAGCGGUUAUUGCGAAUAAUUUGCAGUGCAUCCCCUAUUUCCAGAAACGAGGUGUGCACGGAUUUGCCCGAUCGAUGCCGACAGCGGCUGCAGUUGAUCGAGUCGCUGCGAAAUUGGGGAUGGAAAUGUUUGAGGUUCCCACGGGAUGGAAAUAUUUCGGGAAUUUGAUGGAUGCGGGAAGGUUGUCAUUAUGCGGGGAGGAAAGUUUCGGGACCGGCUCUGACCAUAUCAGGGAAAAGGACGGGAUUUGGGCCGUUUUGGCGUGGUUGUCCAUCAUCGCGCAUAAAAAUAUGAGCGUUGAGGAUAUUUUAACCGAACAUUGGAAAAUCUACGGGCGGAAUUAUUUCACACGGUAUGAUUACGAGGAAUGCAAUACAGAAGAUGCGAAUAGGAUGAUGGAACAUUUGGAAAAGUUAAUCGCCAAUUCGAGUUUUGUUGGAAGAACGUUGACAUCGGGUGGAAAGUCGUAUACAGUUAAAAUUGCGGAUAAUUUUUCGUAUAUUGAUCCAAUCGAUAAGAGUUGUGCCAAAAAUCAGGGAAUUAGGGUGUUGUUUGAGGAUGGUUCGAGGGUGAUUUAUAGGUUGUCGGGGACUGGGAGUACAGGGGCCACGAUUCGGUUGUAUAUUGACAGUUAUGAGAAGGAUAACGUCACUGCUGAUGCACAAGUCAUGUUGAAGCCAUUGGUCGAAGUCGGCUUGGAAAUCUCUCAAUUGAAGAAAUUCACUGGGCGUGACCAACCCACCGUAAUCACAUAAUCAGUAGUAACUGUUGUGGCAUUUAUUGUGAUCAUUCGUUGCGUAACUAUAUUUUUUGAGUGUUUUAUUUGUCUACAUUUUUAUUUGUACAAAUUCUUAUCGAAAUUAAAUUAAGGUAAAUUAAAACCUAA